AUGGGCGAGUGGGGCUUUUUGGCAUCACUUCUGGACAAAGUGCAGUCGCACUCCACCGUCAUCGGGAAAGUUUGGCUCAGCGUACUCUUCGUCUUCAGGAUUAUGAUCUUAGGAGCCGGCGCAGAGAAGGUGUGGGGCGACGAGCAGUCCAAGAUGGUUUGCAACACAAAUCAACCGGGUUGCAAGAACGUAUGCUACGAUCACGCCUUCCCCAUCUCGCACAUCCGCUUUUGGGUUCUCCAGAUCAUCUUCGUUUCUACGCCGACACUGAUCUACCUUGGCCACGUCAUGCACGUCAUCCACAAGGAGAACAAACUUCGUGAGAAAAUGCUCACGAGCACCGCGUCGUUGAAAAUUCCCAAGUACUCCGACGACAAAGGCCAGGUGAAGAUCAAGGGCGACUUGUUGGGGAACUACAUGACUUCCAUAGUCUUCCGCAUCAUCCUGGAGACGGCCUUCAUCGUGGGCCAGUACUACCUGUACGGCUUCAUCAUGGAGCCCCGUAUCGUGUGCAAACGGGAUCCGUGUCCGUUCACGGUGGAGUGCUUCAUGUCGAGGCCCACCGAGAAGACCAUCUUCAUCAUCUUCAUGCUGGUUAUGUCCUGCGUGUCAGUACUGCUCAACGUGGUGGAGGUCUUCUACUUGGCUUGCUCCAGCAGCGCGCGACGGAAAGCCAAAAUGGCCGCCAGGGGACUACGCUCGCCGUUGAAUAGCGGCGGGUUCACCAAGGCGUAA